GAUUGUCAGAAUACUCAACCAAAACUACUGCAAAGAAAACACAGACAUGCGGAAAUGCAAGAAAGCAUCGGCGUAAAAUAUUGCUUCCUCUUCCGGCCGAUCUCUCUCACACUCUCUCUCUAGACGUGUUGAGCUGUUUCCCAUUCCGUCCCCCUUCCCUCAGCUCAGGCUCAGUUCCCCUUCUCUCCUCUUCAUAAGCUCGCCCUCAGCUGCAGAGUAGCAUUGGGGAGUUUGUGAGGCUUUCUUGUGAAAGAGAUUCGCAUUGGAGUGGAGCUGGGGCGCUAAAAGAAGGGGAGCCCCGGGAAUAGUGUGUGGUGGAGUGAGUGGCUAUUUUGGGAGGGUGAGAACGAAAGGUGUGGCCUUGGCCGGUGGAGGCGGCGGCUUCUUGGACUGGCCAUUGAUGGCGCCGUGGAGCGGCUUGUGGGGCGGCAAGGCCGGCGGUGAGGCCUACCGGGGCACGCCGGUGGUGGUCAAGAUGGAGAACCCCAACUGGUCCAUCUCCGAGAUCUCCUCGCUGGAGGACGACGACGAGGACCUCUUGGCCGCCGGCGGCCGCCGCAAGGGGGGCCGCACCAAGAACGCGAAGCAGAUCAGGUGGGUGCUGCUGCUCAAGGCGCACCGCGCCGCCGGAUGCCUCGCGUCGCUGGCCUCGACAGCCGUCGCGCUCGGCGGCGCCGCCAGGCGCAGGGUGGCUGCAGGGAGGACAGAUGCCGAGGCGGGCGUGGUAACCGCGACCGGCGAGAGCCCCGUGUUGCGCUCCCGGUUCUUUGCCUUCAUUAAGGCCUUCCUAGUCGUCUCCGUGCUCCUCCUUGCGGUCGAGCUCGCCGCCUACUUCAACGGCUGGAACCUCGCUGCAUCCGCCCUCGCCCUCCCCGUCAUCGGCCUGGAGUCGCUCUACGCCUCUUGGUUGCGCUUCCGCGCCACCUACGUCGCCCCGGGGCUACAGUUCCUCACUGACACUUGCGUCGUGCUCUUCCUCAUCCAGAGCGCCGACCGCCUCAUCCAAUGCCUGGGCUGCUUCUAUAUCCACCUGAAGCGCAUCAAGCCCAAGCCCAAGUCCCUUGCAUUGCCCGACGCGGAGGACCCUGACGCCGGGUACUACCCCAUGGUACUUGUCCAGAUACCAAUGUGCAACGAGAAGGAGGUGUAUCAGCAAUCAAUUGCGGCCGUGUGCAACCUCGACUGGCCGAAGUCUAACUUCUUGGUUCAGGUGUUGGAUGACUCCGACGACCCGAUGACGCAGUCACUGAUUAGAGAGGAGGUGGCCAAGUGGCAGCAGCAUGGUGCCCGGAUUGUGUACCGGCACCGUGUGUUGAGGGAUGGUUACAAGGCUGGAAACCUCAAGUCUGCCAUGAGCUGCAGCUAUGUGAAGGAUUACGAAUUUGUUGCCAUCUUUGACGCAGACUUCCAACCAAAUCCAGACUUUUUGAAGCGCACCGUCCCACAUUUCAAGGAUAAUGAUGAAUUGGGGCUAGUGCAAGCAAGAUGGUCCUUUGUAAAUGAGGGUGAGAACCUGUUGACUCGUUUGCAGAAUAUUAAUCUUUGCUUCCACUUUGAGGUGGAACAGCAGGUGAAUGGGGUGUUCAUAAACUUCUUUGGGUUCAAUGGCACUGCUGGGGUGUGGAGGAUCAAAACAUUGGAGGACUCAGGUGGAUGGAUGGAACGGACAACAGUGGAGGAUAUGGACAUUGCUGUUAGGGCACACCUCAAGGGCUGGAAGUUUGUCUUCCUGAAUGAUGUUGAGUGCCAGUGCGAAUUGCCUGAGUCAUAUGAGGCUUACAGGAAGCAGCAGCAUCGGUGGCAUUCUGGUCCAAUGCAGUUAUUCAGGCUCUGUUUGCCGGACAUCAUCAAAUGCAAGAUUGCAUUUUGGAAGAAAGCCAAUUUGAUCUUCCUUUUUUUCCUACUAAGGAAGCUCAUAUUACCUUUCUACUCCUUCACACUCUUCUGCAUCAUCCUCCCAAUGACAAUGUUCGUGCCUGAAGCUGAGCUUCCUGACUGGGUGGUGUGCUACAUUCCUGCCCUUAUGUCAUUACUGAACAUCCUCCCUUCUCCGAAGUCAUUCCCUUUCAUCAUCCCAUACCUACUCUUUGAGAACACCAUGUCCGUGACAAAGUUCAAUGCCAUGAUCUCUGGUCUGUUCCAGCUUGGAAGUGCAUAUGAGUGGGUGGUGACCAAGAAAUCGGGCCGUUCUUCAGAAGGUGAUCUCAUUUCUUUGGCGCCUAAGGGGCUAAAACACCAAAAAAACAGCUCAGCGCCUAACCUUGACGCAGUGGCAAAGGAGCAAUUGGCUCCUAAAAAGGAUGCGAAGAAGCACAACCGGAUAUACAAGAAGGAGCUUGCGCUCUCGAUGCUCCUCCUAACGGCGGCAGCUCGAAGUUUGCUCUCGAAACAGGGUAUCCACUUCUACUUCCUCCUGUUCCAGGGCAUUUCCUUCUUGUUAGUAGGCCUUGACCUCAUAGGCGAGCAGAUCGAGUAAACUGUAAUCAGCAAGAUAGAUGUUAAACAGUGACCAUGGAAGGGCUGGAAGGGAUGUUAUGGUAGCAGCUCUUGGAUGAGAUUCAGAAGGAUGCAUUGUGCAGUUGUGCCUUCCUGUAUUUGUCGUGACUGCACGGCAUGAUCCACAGGCUCUAUGUGAAAAGAACCUCCUCCUCUUGGAGGUGUAGAUAUAGUUUUCUUGGCCUGUAAAAAUUGCGUAGUUCUUCAAGGCCCCACCAUUCUUUUGUACCAAAGUUUUGAAGUUCAUGUGUGAUUUGUCGUAGGAUGUAAACUCACAUUUCGUAUGUACGAUUGAUGCCGGAAAAAAAGAAGAGAGAGAUGUCAUGAAAUUAGAAACCA